AUGACGGUCCUUGAUGGUUUUUAUGAUUUCUUUGUCAGUUACGCCUCCCCAUACGCUCCACGUAGUCCAUCGUCAUCUUGGAAUCGGGAGAGUAGUUGGCGUGGUCGUCGGAGCAGCGGUGGCAGUAGCAACAAUGCAUGGGAUACAUGGUCUGAGGAGCACAAGGGCGGUGCUGGUGGUGGCAGUCAGCAGUGGGGAGGGGGGCGUGGCGAGCCUUGGUCGGCUGGUCGUCAUGGCAGGAUAACACAGCGGGAGUCUGUUGACGAGGAUCGUACUAUACGGGAACAUUUGAAAUUCCGAUCGAGGAAGCCCGUCGAUGAAACACUGGCAGUAGCAGCAAGGAUAGUGAGGGAUAACGAGAAUAUGAUGUCCAUACAAAGUACAGUAGUUAUCCCUGACAUACCGAGCCACGCAGCUGCCCUUAUCAUUGGCAGUCAAGGAGCGAUGAUUCGCGAGUUGAAGGACUCCAGUGGUGCUAAUGUAGUGGUAAAGGAUCGAGGGGAUGGCCGACGUAACGUAUUGAUUUCUGGUCAUUUAUCGGCGGUUCAUGGAGCGAUGCUAGCCGUGUGCGAGCUGAUACGUUUGGCUGAGGAGAAGAGGAAUAUUCCUGGGGCUAUAUCACAACGGGGAGGAAUGCGGAGCCUCGUGGCUAAAAUGCUCGCACUUAAUCAGCCUGGUCGGGAACUGAGAAAAGAAGAGGAAGCUGAGCGAUCUCCUGGUAUAGAUGAGGACAACGUUAAACCGUCGAAGCGAGCUCGGUUGGUGGAGGUGGAGGAGGAGCCACUGUCAGCAGAACGGCAGGAGGAAGAGGAGGAGGAGGAGGAUUUGGUGGUCGGCGGCGGAGGUGGUGUCGUGGCUAGUCAACCCCAGAGUGAACGUACCAGUGAGGAAGCUGAGCUGGUCGAAGUGUGUUCUCCACCGUCAUCACCGAGAGGAGAUUAUGAACAGUGAAUAUAACGUAGAGU